GAGAGCUCACUCAUAUCAAUUUAAAACCCUCAUAACACCUUUUCUCAUACGUAUUUUGUUUUGCCUCUUUUCACUCUUUGGUGUUGUUUUUACCUUUGUUGUUGUGUUGCAGAUGGGUCUCGUUUUGUAGCCUUUCCUUUCCUUCUCUCCUUUUCUUUUCCCCUGCUUCUUUCUCUGCGGAUAACCCGGUGAGUAUUUUACAUGAUCCCAAAUCCUGAAAUCUAGAACAACCCACUUCUUAAGGGACUUGCAACUGGAGCUUUUGUCCUUUCGUCUAGAUCUGUGGGGAGUUGUUCAUGCACUCAAUGAACCCUUUGAACAGAAAACAGUGAAUCUUGGUCUUUGAUUGGUGAAAUAAAUGGAAGUGGCAAGUGAGGCAAGUGAUUUUCGGCAAUGGGACGAAUUAAUACCCGAUGCAUUGGGUCUAAUCUUCAAAAACCUGUCUCUUAAGGAGUUGCUGACAGUGAUUCCAAUGGUCUGCAAAUCGUGGGGUAAGGCAGUAAUGGGGCCUUACUGCUGGCAAGAGGUAGACAUUGAGGAAUGGAGUGAUAUAUGCCCAGAACCUCAGCACCUUGAUCGUAUGAUACAAAUGCUGAUUUCAAGAAGCUGUGGAUCUCUCAGAAAGCUUUGUGUUUCAGGCCUUAAAAAUGACAUGAUGUUCUCCUUCAUUGCUGAACAUUCUAAUUCCCUUCAGACCUUGAGUCUGCCAAGAAGUGAAAUAAGUGAUUCAAUAGUGGAACAAACAAUUGGAAGCCUUUCUCACAUCACUUUCUUGGAUCUUAGCUGCUGUGGGAAGAUUGGUUUUCGUGCUCUGGAAGUCAUAGGAAAGAACUGUAAAUUGCUUGUGAAGUUGUUCAGGAACAUGCAUCCAUUAGAUAUAGUUGGCAUGCCUAUUGUGGAUGAUGAGGCUAAUGCCAUUGCUGCCACAAUGCCUAGACUGAAGCACCUUGAGAUGGCAUACCAUGUCAUUAGCACGGAGAGUGCACUUCAGAUACUCAAGAGCUGCACCGAGCUUGAGUUGUUGGAUUUGAGAGGGUGUUGGGGUGUUAAGCUUGAUGAUGAAAAGUACUUAGAGAAGAAGUUUCCGAAAGUGAAGGUUUUAGGGCCUCUUGUUCAGGAUCGCUAUGAGGAAAAUGAGUGGGAUGACAACUCGUUUUACUCGGAUGCUUCUUCCGAGUAUCUAGCCUGGGAAUUUGUGGAUGAUGACGAUGAUUUUGAUGAUGAUGGGAGUUAUGAGGACAUGUGGGAUGGUGAUGGAAGACUUGAGCAGCUUGAGUUGAGGUUCUAUCAAGGAAAUGAACAUGAGACUGAAGGAGGGUUUGGUUGGCCUCCAUCUCCCUAAAUUAGUACCUCCUAAAUUAGAGUUGUCUUUCUCAUUUAUCAAACUGUUUGCUUCUCUCUUUUUUCUUUAAGCACUUUGCCAGAUGCUUCUGCUGUGGAACAUAAUGUGUUUUAUGGAUAAUAUGUAAUCUUUCAGUUGAAAAGGAAAAGCAUGGUUUGUUAUGAGUAAUGACUUUGUAUUUCCCAAUAAUAUGGCUGUUUAUAGAA